AAGCUGCCAGUCAUUUAAUGACCAAAUAAGGUCCCAGUUCUCAUGGUUUAUCUGCUAUGCUUCUCCCAGAGCCAUGGAUGAAUACAGCCGCUUUGUGGAUUGGGACAAAAUGGACGUUUCUGUCCAGAGCCAGGAUGCGAAGGAGCUAACCUGUACAGAGUUCCAGGAGCUCAAGCAGCUGGCCCGGCAGGGCUACUGGGCCGAGAACCACUCCCUGAGAGCCAAAGUGUACCACAAACUGAAGCAUAUCCCAGGCCGCACAGUGACCCCAGAUGCAAACGUGUUACCGGGACAUUGUUGUGAGAUCAUUGGAAAACGGAGCAGUAGCUGCCUUCCACUACCAGAGUUUGUGGAUAACAGCCUGGUCCCCACAUACUGCUUGAAUGCAGAAGGCAUCGGGGCGGUCAGGAAGAUCAUAUUGUGGCAUUGCAAAUAUCAGUUUCCAGACAUAUCGUUCUGCCCAGAGCGUCUGCCCUCCGUGGUAGCUCUGCUUCUCCACUACAGCAAAGAUGAGGCAGAGUGUCUUCGAACAGGUUUGUCGCAGACUCGCUGUGCUUGCAAUGAUCCCUCAAAAGCGGGCUCAUUGACCCGAACGUUCCUGGCUUUUGAGUCCUCCUGCAAUGACUUUGGGGACCUGGUCAACAAAGUACUUGCCAGGACAGCACACAAGCUCAUGGUAGCUGUGUCCGAGGACGUGUUGGAGGUAUACUUCUGACUGCAGCACUGGCUCUUUGGAGAGCUGCCCAUGGGUGGUACAUCAAUCGUGUAGUUGAAUGUGUUCCUGGUGGAGGGGACUACAAAGUUCUCUAACCGUGUUGCAGCACUGGCAUUCUCUCUGAGUUUUUUACAAGGUCCCGGGCUGGGGCAGCCCAUGGAGUCAGACAGCAUUCAGCAGGACAUCCGAGCUUACGUGAGAGACAGCGCCAAGUCGGUAAUCCGGAGAAGGCUCUUGGUAAAGGCCUUUGCUAUCCGGCUCUUCUCGCGAUGAGAGGAGAUCCAGCUCCUGCAGAUGGCCAACGAGAAGGCUUUGCAGCAGAAGGCCAUCACGGUCAAACAGAAAAGUGUUGCAUCUCCCAAAAGGCAGAAUGUGCACUUAGCAGUUCAUGCUGAGAACUUCAAGUCUGAAAUUGUCAGUGUGAAAGAGAUGCGAGAUAUCUGGUCAUGGAUCCCAGAGCGAUUUGCGCUGUGCCAGCCUCUCUUGCUGUUCACCACCUUGGAACACGGCUGUAGUCUGAGCAGGUUCUACUCUCACUGUGAGGGACACGAGCCAACUCUUCUCCUCAUCAAGACCACAGCGAAAGAGGUCUGCGGUGCUUUCCUGUCAACUGACUGGGGAGAGCGCCGGCGAGGAGGGAACAAGCUGAGUUUCUUUGGAACUGGGGAGUGCUUCGUGUUCAGGCUGCAGCCAGAAGUGGAACGCUACGAGUGGGUGAUCAUAAAACACCCAGAACUGGCCACCACUGGUUCAGAGCUGGAAAAUCAUACCUCACCAGCUUCCAGCACCCUCUCCUCUGGCAGUGUCCCAUCAGACCCCUCUGAUCGCCUUUCUCCCUUCCUAUCAGCUCGACACUUCAAUUUGCCUUCCAAAACAGCCUCCAUGUUCAUGGCUGGCAGCAGCGAAUGCAUCAUUAUAGGAGGCGGUGAUGGCCAGGCUCUUUACCUCGAUGCGGAUCUGAACCACGGAAGAACCAGCCACUGCGAUACUUUCAAUAAUCAACCGUUGUGCUCUGAAAGCUUCCAGAUCUCCAUCUUGGAGGCAUGGGGCUUCAGGGACACCAUGAAUGGUUGACGUGACUAUCAUUAAUCAACUAGUUUUUCAAUUGACUUAGGUUUCUCAAGACAAAUUCCAAUGCAGGAGCCAAGUUAGAACAUAAUUUCUACCAGGUUCAGUGGUUUUAGUAAUUGCUGAGCGGUGCACGUGAGUGCAGGACUUAGGUGUUUACUCUUAUUUUCUUGAAGAGAUGUCAAGGUGAAGUAAUGUAUCUGGUAACUCCUUAGCUCUUUACCUCUAGAGAUCUGGAUUCAGGUCCUGUUAUUAGGUAAAAAUGAAAAUGUAAUGAUGUCAAACCAUCCUAAAUGGAUCCAAGGCCAUAUGACAGGAUAGGUUUGCAGUUGGAUGCAGUUCUUCAGAGGCACGGAUCUGGCAGAGCUUUGUGCCACUGUCACCAGAAUCUGGUGUCAUAUCAAGUGUCUACUCACAGGGAACAUAGAUGACCUCAGAUCUGACAUAGGACAGUAGCUUAUAACAUCGUUGUCUUGCUGCAAGCAGACAUUGUGUGGACAAAUCACAAGUUAUUAUCAGUGGCAUUUCAUAAGCUAUGAAAGCCCUCAAUUCACGCAAGAACCAUGAUUGCUGGUUAUCCUUCUUGUAUCUGAUCCCUCAGCAGAGUCCAGUUGCAUCUGUUUGAGGAGUUUGCCUCUGAGGAAAGCAUCCAGACUCGGCAACAAUAUCUCAAAGGCUUGAUGUUGUUUACAUUCCUAUUCCAUAUCAGUAUAAUGACUUCAAACUGAGUCCUGAUGCAGGCAGCUGGAAGUGUUCAGAAACUUCCCUUUCUUUGUCUUUCCUGGAAGCUGAAAUAGAGCUUUAAAUCUAAGAUUAACUGUGCCGAUAUAACUACCUGUUUAGGGAAUCGGGCACUGUGAUACAGAAGCUGGAUGCUUUCCCCACAAGUAAAUGACGGGAGGUGGGAGAGAAAUUUGUGCAGUUAUUGGAGUGGACGAGUUUCCCAGGAGACCUCUAGGCGACACUGUUUCCCAUAUCGUGAGUCUUCUCAGUGACCAGAUCUGGAAAAAGGUCGUGCCACAGUGUUCUGGUAGGCUUUCAGUGAUGCCAAGAGGCUUUUGCUCAUUCCUGAGGAUCCGUGCAGUUCACUGCAUGCCAGUGGAGGUCUGGAGGCAGCUGCCUAGUCUCUUCUUCCAAAACUUGUGGUAUCUUCUCUAGAACUGCUCCCACACGAAGUACGAGGACAUAAACAGCAGUUCAGUUUUCAAAAUUGCUUUAGAGUGAGGGAAACGUUACCCCCGCUUAAACGUGAAGUUCUUUAGAAGGCAAAACUAAAACUGAGCAGUGACGAGCUCUCAGCUGGGCUGGUCAGGGCCAUGUGAGUGUUCAGAGGUCACCAGUGUGACUCGUGUUGGUGAUGUCUUGCAUAGCUUCCCCAGAGUGAAAAUCCCACGUCUGCAUGAAGCGUUGCCUGUUGCACAGAGCGAGAACAAACUUGACAGAAGGUGAUCUGCUUCUUAAAGUGCCAUGCUGAAUUUUUGUCAAAAUAAUUAGUUGAAAUAUUAGACUUCCUAUAUAACAAAGUAUGUUUUGCACCAUUUCUAUCUGCACUUUAUUUCCCCUUGUUAGAGCAUCAGCACUGGGCUCUCUUUCUUUCCCUCUUCCAUACGGCUUUACUAUAAGCUAGAUUGGACCGGAAGGGAAAGUGUAAUCCAGUUAUAACCAAGUAUUGGGAUGGGGAGGAACUUGAACAGUCAUGUCUGGCUUUUUACAAAUACUGGCUCUACUGCCUUCUGUUAUUUUUUCAAAGCUUGGCACUUGCCAGCGUCCCAUAGGCUUCCUCAGACAAAAGAAAUCCCUCAAAAAAAUCUAUUUUAAUUAUCAGGUUCUCUUAUGUGUCAGUGGGAUUUCAGUGUUGCCCGUGUCUCUUCUCUUUCAAGCUUAUCUGCAGUGCCCUUGGAAAAAAAAUACAAACCAAAACAUAAUAGCUUCCAUUUUCAGGUUGUUCACUUGUCAGAAAUUCCCCGAGCCAUGCGUUAGUGGGAUUUGUAAGACUUUAGUCUAAACACCCUGAAGGAAGAGGUUUUGUCUGCAAAAUCUUUCCUGCAGCUGGCAGUGGCAAUGGGAUAUUCUCACUGCCCAUCCCUGCUGGGUGUUACUGUGCCAGCAAAACCCGAGUGCUGUAGCCAUAAACGCUGCUCCUUUCCCUGCUCUGCUCUUACACACAGGGAUUUGUGUGUUGGAAGUCGGGAAUAACUCAGUUGCUCAGAAAUUCCCCAUGGAAUAUUACUGUGAGAAUCCAGUGUGGAAAAUCAGCAAGGUUUUAGCAUCUGAGCCCCAAGCGUCUUUCAGAAGGCUGCCGCAGAGUUCAGCUCAGCUUCCUUUGAGUCGGGUGAGUACGGGACCGUAGCAGACCCGGAGUGGGCUGCUUCUCAGGAUAGGCAGCCCAGCUCUUGCAUGGGAGGGCCAGGAAAUCUGCAUUGUUAAAGAAAGCGUCAGGCUGAGUGGCUGGCAGGAUCUCUCAGCGCCUUGUUCCUGUGUGUACAUAACCGAGGUGGGGUGCUCGGAGUACACACCGCACCUGAGAACAGCAUGAGCCGUGACCCACAGGAGUGUGCAGGUGCCUGUAUCAGAGGAUCUUGUGUUGCACGGUCACACGCUUGGCACUCGAUGCAUGCGUCACAGAGUGGGUUUAGUGGGACACAGCACUGCCCUGCUGCAGGCAUCCUGCGAGACCAGGCUGUGGGUGUUAAAUCCGAAUGACCAAGAGGCUGCAAUCACUGAGUGAGAGGAAUUGUACAAGUAUCAUCUUCACAUGUAAAAAUGAAUGUUCCUUUUCGUGUGUAACUCUCCUUAUGGUUGUGAGACACUUUAGCAUUGUAACUGAGUUGUCUCUUCAGUAGCAAAGAGGCAUUUUUUGUGUCUGUGUAGUUAGUGGCUAUUGCUCACCAAGUGUAAAUCACUGUUCAGGUCAUUAAGCUAUCAGUUCGUUACAUGCAGAACUCUUGAGGUGCAGACCACAGACUGGUUUUUAAGGCAAUGACUACAAUGGGCACCGUAUCAGAGUGUUAAAAUUAUCUGAAGUCCCCUGCUGUGAAGUGCUUUGGUCACGCUGUAACUGGACAACCGUUGAUGUCAUUGUAGUCCUUGUUUGUUGUCCACAGAGAUAGCAAGGGUCGCUUGAUGAACUGUUGGGUGUGGAGACAGAGAGCUGAACGCUGGGCAUCAGCUACCACUGCUCUUCAGGAGUGUAUUUGCUCACCUGAGAAGCCGGGUUUGCUUUGUUAUAUUCUGCCAAAGGCAGAAAAGGCUAGAAACUCCUGACAUCAGAAACGUGAAUUUGCUGUACCUGGCAUCUGAGCAAUUUGCUGGCCGCCAGAACCAGUCCCAGCUGUUGGCCAGCUUGGACAGACUUCAUCGCUGGGCCCAAAAGCUGUCGCUCCUACAGAUUGUGCACUUUGACAUGCUCUCUUUUCUGGUGAAGCGCAUUAAUCAGCCUCUUAUUAAUAGAGGCCAGUUAACAAAGGGAAGGGAACAACUCCCAUUCUCUCCAUGUAGAAAGAAGUGAAGACAAACUGGAGGGGCAGGCAGCACUGUUCUUUAAAGAGUUAACCUUCAUGCCAACAGAGAUCUGUGUUCAGCCAUGGAGGGGUGGCACCUGCAGAUCCGUUUGUGUGUGUGCAUCGAAAGUGUGUUCUUUAACCCUGGAAAUCUGUCCUUGUUUCUGUUGGGGAGGGAGCUCCUCUGGCCCCUGACCACUCAGUCGCCACAGUGACAUGGAUGCUGAGGCCAGUGGGGACCAAGAGCUGGAAGAGCUCAGCUCCUGAGACUGACGCCUGGAUCCAGUCGCUGGACAGGUUGGAGGCUUGGGCACCAGGCUCCUAACAUUGAGGUACCUUUCUGCCAGCUCUCUGUCAUGAGUUUCACGCUACUAGUAGUUGCAUCGAGUAUGUGUAUUGCGUGAUGUUUCUCUCCAGGUGAGUGGUGCUGUGCUGCUGAGUUGAGUUUUUACCCUGCUUUUGGAAUUGCUGCCCUACAUUUGUGGUAUUUUUGUCACUGGGAAGAAUCUUGGGUUAUAUUAAAAGAUGUUUGGCUGUGGAGGCUACUGACUGUCCUUCAUUCCAUUCUUUUCCUUCCUGCAGACUUUACAGCAAAUGGCAUGCUGGAAUGGAGAAAUCAUAGAAUCAUUUGGUUCUUUGGAAAAAACAAACCUGUCCACUACUGAACCAGACCCCUGAGCACCUCAUCUGCCCAUCUUUUAAACACCUCCAGGGAUGGGGACUCCACCACCACCCUGGGCAGCGUCUGCCAGGGCCUGAGAACCCUUUCAGCGAAGAAAUGGUUCCUAAUGUCCAAUCUAAACCUCUCUUGUUUCAACUUGAGGCCAUUCCCUCUCAUCCUGUCACCUGUCACUGGGGAGAAGAGACCAACACUAACCUCGCUCCAACCUCCUUUCAGGCAGUUGUAGACAGUGAUGAGGUCUCCCCUCAGCCUCUUCUUCUCCAGGCUAACCAGCCCCAGAUCCUUCAGCAGCUCUUCAUAAACCCUGUUCUCCAGACCCUUCCCCAGCUCCGUUCCCUUCUCUGGACACAUUCCUGCCCUCAAUGCCCUUCUUGCAGUGAGGGGCCCAAAACUGAACCCAGGGUUCAAGGUGCAGCCUCACCAGUGCCAGGCCCAGGGGCACAAUCCCUUCCCUGGUCCUACUGGCCACACUUUCUGAUACAGGCCAAGAUGCCACUGGCCGCCUUGGCCACCUUGCUCAUGUUCAGCCACUGCCAACCAAAUUCAGCCAGCUGCCCACCAAAAUAUAUCUUGGAGCAUGUGUUCUCUCACAUGAGCUCCUCACUAUAGUGAAGCCAUUGCACAAGUUUGUGACUGGUUUAGAAGAUCUCACAAAGUUUCCACCAAGAUCAGUGAAUAACCUCAAACAGGCACAUUCUGGAGCAACCCAUCUGCCCUUUGUGGGGCUGGAGAGCACAGUUUGCCUCAGCCUCAUUGAGGAGUGGAGCAGCAGCUGCUGGCCAAUGGCACUGAGCUCAGCCCAGCCGUGGUAAAUGCACACUGUCACCAGUGCUGCUCACACUGUGCUGCCUUGUGCUGGCACAGCCGGGGAUAAUGACAGCAGGCAGGCGGCUCGCUGGGUGGAACUGCUUGGUUAAAGCCAGAAUUUUUGUUCCCCUUGAUGGCUUGGGUUUAACCUUAUAGCGACCUUCCAGUACCUGAAGGGGGCUACGAGAAAAUUGGGGAAGGACUUUUUACAAAGGCAUGGAGUGGUAGGACAGGAGGGAAUGGCUUUAAAUUGGAGAUAUUUCAUAUUUAAGGGGCAAAUUUUGACUGGACAUAAGCAGGAAUUUCUUCACGGUGAGAGUGGGGAGGCCCUGGAACAGGUUGCCCAUGGAAGUUGUGGCUGCCCCAUCCCUGGAGGUGUUCAAGGCCAGGUUGGAUGGACCUCGGGCAGCCUGAUCCAGUGGGAGGUGUCCCUGCCCAUGGCAGGGGGGUUGGAACUGGAUGGGCUUUAAGGUCCCUUCCAACUCAAACUGUUCUAUGAUUCUUCUCCACCUGCAUUCCUGAUAAGGACACGAGUGCUUUUAGCUGUGGUUAAAGGAGCAUUUCUAGUUAGCAGUGCUGCUUUAAACAAAUAUUCCUGGUCCUUAAGCCUCAUCUUUGCCAAUGCCUGAAACUUGUGGGAACUACAGGAUCUUAUGGUAUUUGUGGGAACUACAGGAACUUACUGGUAUCAUUGGAAGCUGCCACGAUGCUCUGAGCAAAAAGCCUGUGGAAGCUCCCCACAGGAAAUGACCAAUGAAGUAAAAAAAGCUGGUUUGAUUUUCCAGUGAAAGUCCACUAAAUUCUUGGGCUUUGGGUGAAACUCCUGGUAGGUGGAAGGAGAAAACUCCACCCCAACGUGGCCCACCUCACACACUGGGGGCUGGACAGGCUGAAUUACACAGCUGUUCACAAGAGGAAAGCUGUGAUCUAGGGUGAUGCAGUGUGGCAAAGAGGAACUAUUGAGCUUGCAGGACAAUUCCCAGCCAGCCUGCUGGGAAGUGCUGUGAGGAGGCGUUGCUGCAAAGAAAGCUUGGGACCAGCAGAGGUUCCCCAUUGUUUCCCACUGGUUCAAAUAGAGCCAAUCCUGAAUGCCAGAAGUCCAGAAUUUAGUAAAUAUCAGGAUGAGAAGGUCUUUAUUAGAAGUGCUGGGAGUAGGGAAAAGAGGUGUGAACAGGCUUUCUCCGCCUGAUUUCCAAAAUUGAGCUUAGCAUUAAAUCCCAUAAAUCACAAUUUUACAAUUCCUUCAAGGGAGGCCUUAUAUUUAAUAACAAAGGAGCUCAGUAGCAGGGAAGGGUGAGAAAGAGAUCUGGAGGAGCUGAGCAACGUGGGUGGUGAGGUUUGAACCCUACAACUACUUUAAACUCUGUGACUGAGGAUCUGAAAGGAAAACACUCUGCUUGAUUGCAUCAAGGAGUGGGAGCUCUUUAUCACACCUGGAGGGCUUGAUGGGAAAGCUGCAGGGCUGGGAAUUUGCAGUGAAGCUGAAGAGCCUUAACUCCUGGAGAAGGCAGGCUCUUCUGUCCUGCUGCAGUGCCAUGGUGUGAGAAGAGUGUGGUGCUUGCCAGUUGUGCCUUGGUUUGGGGGAUUUUUAUAAAGUCAUGGAGUGAUAGGACGAGGGAGAAUGGCUUGAAAUUGGAGAGGUGCAGGUUUAGACCACAUAUAAGGAGGAAUUUCUUCACAAUUAGGGUGGGGAGGCCCUGGAACAGGUUGCCCAUGGAAGUUGUGGCUGCCCCAUCCCUGGAGGUGUUCAAGGCCAGGUUGGAUGGGGCCUUGAGCCCCCUUAUCCAGUGGGAGGUGUCCCUGCCCAUGGCAGGGGAGUGGAAUUAUGUGAUCUUUAAGGUCCCUUCUGUGAAAAACGGGGAAGAAUAGUUGGCUUUGCGCCAGUAAACAAUGCCAAAUAAGGACAUGUAUUGCAACCCCUAAAGACCCUCAUGAUGGAAUGGGGGUGGGGAAGAUAAAACACUAAUGAUUGUUUAAAAAUUAGUGGAUUGUUCAUGUUUUAGUUCAAACAUGGAUGGGUUCAAUUUAGGUAUAGAAAAACGGUGGAAAGAAAAAUGGAUUAAAAGUGUGAUCGUGGUUGGUUUAGUGUGAUAGACUUAAAGGACGCCUUCUGGGCCUGUCCUCUGGUGGAGGAAAGUCGGGAUGUCUUUGCAUUUGAAUGGGAGGACCCAGAGACAGGACGAAAGAAUCGACUAAGAUGGACCAAGUUACCCUAGGGCUUCACAGAAUCUCCCAACUUGUUUGGACAACCUUUAGAAUCUAUUAUGCAACAAUUCUCCUCCUCCCUAGGAACGUGGCAGUUUUUAUACGGAGAACCUGGUGAACACCUCCAACAGGAUUGUCUUGACAUCAUACAUUAUCAGACGAAGGUCAGGGAGGAUUUGGAGGAGGAAACUUCGACUCGGGGAGGAAUUUUUUGUAGACAGGUCUUCGAGAGGUAUAGAAAGAAAAAGAUUUUCAGGGUGCACAAUAGUAAAUGGGAAAGGGAUGGAGGUAAUUGAAAAGGGAAAUUUACCCCCAUCUUGGUCGGCACAGUCAUGUGAACUGUAUGCAUUAAAGCGAGCGUUAGAUUGGUUAGAAGGGAAGGAGGGGACUAUCUAUACAGACACGAAAUAUGCAUAUGGUGUAGUCCACACAUUUGGAAAAAUUUGGGAGGCCCAAGGGUUGUUGAAUUCGAAAGGAAAAAGAUUAAUUCAUGAACAAUUAGUGCGAUACGUAUUAGAAUCUUUAAUGAAGCCAGAAGAAAUUGCAGUAGUGCAUGUGAAGGGUCACCAAAAGCAACCCAGCUAGAAUCGAAAGUUUUACUGGUUAUGACUCCAAAACCCAAGGAGGUGGAAGUUCCGAUAUUUGAAGCAAAAGAUAAGGUCCAAUUACAUGCUAUAGGAGCGGAGAAAGACAAAGAUGGAAUUUGGAGACUGGCUGAUGGGAGGCAAAUGCUGAACAAACCCAUCACUCGAGAGGUCCUCCUCCAAAUGGCAUGAGAAAACCCAUUUUUUGAGCUGAGCUCAGGCAUUUUGUGAUCAGUUCUUAAGGUCUUAUGGACACAUAGGAAUUUACGAAGUAGCUAGGAGAAUUAUGGAUCAGUGUUUAACCUGUAAAAAGGUGAACCAUAAAGUCGUGAGAAAGCAGGAGUUGGGGGGAGGCUUUUUGCAGUACGACCCUUCCUGAGUAUUCAGGUAGAUUUUACCAAGUUACCUCGAGUACAACGAUAUAGGUACCUACUUAUAGUACCUGCUUAUAGGUACCUACUUAUAGUAGCAGACCAACACACUCACUGGGUAGAGGCUGUUCCGACAGUGAGGGCCACUGCAAACGUGGUGUCCAAAAAUCUAUUGGAACAAAUAAUUUCUAGAUAUAGGGUGAUGGAACUAAUUGAUUCAGACCGCGGUACCCACUUUACGUCCAAAAUAUUGCAACAGGUAGUCAAUGUGCUAAGUAUAAAGUGGGGUUUUCAUACUCCAUGGCAUCCACAAAGCUCAGGAGGGGUAGAACAGAUGAAUCAGACUGAAAAAAAGCUUUAAGGAGACUCAUGGUUGAGAGCCAGCUACCUUGAACACAAUGCCUCCCUCUGGCAUUACUGAGAAUUUGCACCCAGCCUAGAGCAGACUUAGGGAUGUCACCUUAUGAGAUGAUGUUUGGACUACUUUUCAUGACUCACACAGGAGGAAUACCUGAGUUAGUAGAAGGGCAAUAAAAAAACAGAAAAAUACCUGAUGAAUCUAGGGAAAACCCUAGAAAACCUGCAGCCUAGGGAGAUUUUAUCUCAGACUACCCCUUUGGACUGCAAAAUACACUCUGUCACUCCAGGAGACUGGGUACUAAUCAAGACUUGGCAAGAACACUCAUUGACUCCUGACUGGGAAGGUCCUUCGCAGGUACUCUUGAUUCAAACACGAGAAAAGGGGUGGACCCACGCUUCCUGAGUCAAAGGUCCGGUAAAGGAGGCUGCACCAGAGUGGAGAAUUGAGGAGGACCCCCAUCCCCAGGGGCUGAAGACAGACUGGCAAGACCGAGUGAAAGAACGCUACUCCGGUGGUUUGGAUUGGAACCAUGGGGAUAUCUAAGUGAGGGGGGAAAUUGGGAAAGGAGGGAAAGUGGGGAAGGUAUACCUGGGAGGGGUGUAUGUAACCCCAGCUCAGAGGGUGGUUGCAUUUGAUUGGGAUCAAGGGCUUGUCGACGGGUGGAUCAGUGUUAUUUUGUGUUUACAAUGUGGAAUAUUGCAACGACCAGGAGACUGAAGGUGGCAUUAUUGUGUCAGUGUAUAAAGUGUAAACCUAGAUGGUUUUAUAUUGCCUGAUGGAGAAGGGCUGAAUGUAUUGUUUCCCCGAGAUCCCCCGGUAUUAUAAUUGGGAAAGAGCUCACCAGGAGGCAAAUUAUCAUUAAAUUGGAGUGUGGUAAACUCAGACUUAUCCCUGAAAUUUGGGAAGUCUGGGAAAGAGAUUGGGAACGUACUACCCAGUAUUGCCCAAAAGGAAAUCAAAGAGGCAAUAGAGCAGAGGGCAGGACCGGAUUGACUCCUAUGCUUUCCACCAAGAAGAGAUCUCCUACCUUGACCGUGGGCUGCAACCCCAUAGGUCAAGGAGGUGGAAGCAUAUGUCAUGCUGGACCUCUGUUCAUAAUCCUCCUCUUGAUACCUCACCCAUUUCGGUUGCGAGGAGUGUAGGUUAGCUCCUUGCAACAGGAAUAAUACCAUUUAUGGGAGGUUUAAUAGUACACAAGGCAUCGUGUGUAACAACCCCUGAGCAAAACCCAGGGAGUGGGGUCUGAGGGAAGCAUCCUAGGAUAUGUGUGAUCCUUUUGGCCCAUGUUACAAUGCUGCUUGAGUUUGCCUAAGAUAAACCAUUUGGAGGACUUCUGAUAAAAUGGCUUUGUUAAUAUUAGGAUGGGAGUAUACCAGAACCGCCUGGUUUUAGAUCAUCUUUUGGCUCAAGAGGGAGGAGUCUGUGGGAGAUUUAACUUAACCAAUUGUUGUCUUCAGAUUGAUGGUGAGGCAAUUUAGGUACGGAGAAGUGGUGGAACUCUGGAGAGUUAAAGGGUAUAAUACUAGGGGGAACCCUCCUGAUGAUAAUACCUUGUCUCCUCCCCUUAUUUGUUAACAAACAAGUAAUUUGUUAACAAACAGAAAAGGUGGGUCAUGUUUACAGCUCAAGCCAAAUGUAGUAACAACUGAAAAAGGGGGGGAUAGUGAAAAACGGGGAAGAAUAGUUGCCAGUAAACAAUGCCAAAUAAGGACAUGUAAUGCGACCUCUAAAGACCGUCAUGAUGGACGGGGGAGGGGGAACAUAAAACACUAAUGAUUGUUUAAAAUUUAGUGGAUUGUUCAUGUUUUAGUUCAGACAUGGGAUUGGUUCAAUUUAGGUAUAGAAAAACGGUGGAAAGAAAAGUGGAUUAAAAGUUCCAACCUCAAGCCAAAAAUUAGAUCAAAUAUUAGGGGAGGGAAACUGAAUAGGCUCUUGGCUCUUGGGAGGAGGGGGGAUGCAGAUCUAAAUGUCUUUCGUGGCUGACUCCAGUUAGUCUGUGGCGCGGGUUCAGCGCAGGGACAGUGCUUCCCAGUGGGCACCGCUUGGCCCCUUCUCUCCCCUCCCUCUGCCCAUCAUACCGACCACCCCAACACGCGCUGAUGGGGGAGACUGAUGGGGGAGACUGAUGGGCCUUAUUGGUAACUGCUUUAGCCAAAUUGUAACGGUAAAAGGAGAGGGGGACCUGGACCAGGUGCGCCUGUGGCUGAUGUGACCAAAGCCUCAGCCAUGCGCUCAGCGCUGCUUUGUUACUUUGCAAAAUUGAAUACCUCAUAGUAAAUUUUUC